GUACAGUAUACAGAGUACAGAGUAGCCUAUAGAAUACAGUAGAUAAAAAUAAAAUUAAACGAAAAUAAUACCUAACCAACCCAAAAACUAUUCAAGAUUUAUGCAGAUAUCGGAAAUCUGUCAAGAUUCUGCUAAUUAAUUAAUAACAAAUCAAUUGCUCUGUUAGAAUCAGUUACAUAUCUUGAACAAGUUUUUAUAAAUAUAUAUAUAUAUAUAUAAUCUGCACUGUAAGAAUGUUGUCUACCACCUGCAAGUGGUAGACCCGGUCCGAUUUUUAUUUCUCAAGAUGUCUUAAGGUGUUCGCUCUUGAACAGCGGAAACUGCAUCUCUUCACAUACUUUUUAUCAAAAGUUAUUCGUAAAUAGUCAGGGGCAUUCUUUUUCGAAACAUAUAGUAGUUUGAAGUACACAAGUUGUACUAUAUACCGAUGUAUUUGCCAGAAAAAGACCGUUUUCGUAAAUUACAAAAGUAGACGUAUUAUUUUUGAAAUUUUGUUCGAAAUCUGGUCAACAAUGUAUUCAUACUGUAAUACGAUAACUAAAUUGACCAUAUCACCCAUAAUAACUCUGUGGACAAAAAUAGUUUGGUUGUUGAUGAAUUUAGCUGUAAAUAGCUACACCAUGAUUGCUUUGAUAUGACUAAUGUUUGACUACUUCUAACUCAACUUUUUUCAUCAACAAUUACAUUCCUAUCUACGUACUCGUUUAAUCACUGAAGAGUACUCAAGACAUUUUUGCAAAUAGCCGAAAUAGUUUUAAGAUGCACAUAAAGCAGACUUUCAGUCAAAUUUUGUUUGAUGUCAUUCGAUAUUUGUUUUUGUUCCUCAUUUUAAUAUAUUCUCAUACCGACAUCUGUUGUGUGUUAAACCGCCAAUACGAAGUUUUGCAAGUGCUUUUUAUGGAAAAUCCCCAAUCGACUUUUUGAUACCUCUAUUUUCAGGAUGGAAAAAAGAGUACAUACGUGCAUACAUAAAAACUCGGCUUUUAUUGAGUCUAACAGCUACGGAAAUUCAUCAGGAAUUAAUCAAUGCUUAUGGACAUGAUUGUGUGUCAUUCAGUACAGUUGCUCAAUGGAUUCGGCGAUUCGCAAGUGGGCGGGAGUCUUUUGAAGAUAAUCCUCGGAGUGGUCGUCCUGUAACCGCCAUUACUCGAGCAAAUAUUCAUGCUGUUGAACAACUGAUCAACGAUGAUCAACAUAUUCGUAUCGAUUAUAUUGCUGCAAUGUUGGAUAUAUCUUAUGGAAGUGUUGAUACGAUUCUCAAACAUCAUCUUCAUCUACCGACGAUAUCAUCAAGAUAG